AUAGUUUUGUAUUAGGAACCAUUAUUUUCUAUUUACAAUAUUAGUUAAUAAUUAUUUUUGCAACAAAUUUGUUUUUACUUAGCUUUAAAAAAAAAAAAAAAAUGGCACGGAGAUAUGAUACUAGAACAACAAUAUUUUCUCCUGAAGGUCGAUUAUAUCAAGUUGAAUAUGCUAUUGAAGCUAUCAGUCAUGCUGGUACAUGUUUGGGUAUACUAACUAAUGAUGGUGUUCUCCUUGCAGCUGAAAAACGGAAUGUUAAUAAAUUGCUUGAUGAGACUUGUGGUUCAGAAAAAAUUUAUAAACUGAAUGAUGACAUGGUAUGUAGUGUUGCUGGUAUUACUGCGGAUGCCAAUGUCUUGGUUACUGAACUACGAUCAAUUUCAGAACGAUACCGUAUGCAAUAUGGUGAUUCUAUACCAUGUGAACAACUUGUUUCAUGGUUAUGUGAUGUAAAACAAGCUUAUACUCAAUAUGGAGGAAAAAGACCUUUUGGUGUAUCAAUUUUGUAUAUGGGCUGGGAUUCACAUUAUGGUUUCCAACUGUAUCAAUCAGAUCCUAGUGGAAAUUAUUGUGGCUGGAAAGCAACUUGUAUUGGAACCAAUAGUGCUGCUGCUAUUGCAUCAUUGAAAACUGAAUAUAAAGAAGGACAGAUGACAUUAGACGAAGCAAAAAAAUUAGCUGUGAAAAUUUUAUUCAAAACUUUAGAUGCAACAAAACUUACAGCUGAUAAAGUGGAAAUGGCAACACUCAAACGUGAAAAUGAUCAAACUGUCACUAAUAUACUUGAAAAACACGAAGUCGAAAAACUUAUUACUGAAUAUGAAAAAAUGGAAGCUGAAAUUGCUGCAGCAAAAGCUGAAGCUAAAGCUAAAGAAAAGAAAGAAAAAGAUGCAAAAGAAAAAGAUCAAUCAACAUCAAACUAAUGAAAUGAUUACAAAAUGUAUAAUAUGUAAUGAAAUCGAUAAGAAUUUUUUUGGUAAUGGCUUGUUAUUUUCAUGCUUUUGAAUAAAAACAACAAAAACAUUAUAUAAUUAUACCA